CUUGUUAAAAAUGAAAAGCGGAAGACGACUGUGAGGCUAUCAACUCAAAACAAACCAACGUGAUGGCGGCGACGGCGAUUCUUUUCCGGCCUAACGUGACCGCUCUCCGUCUGGUGAGCAGCCGCGCUUGUGCGCUUUCAUUUAUGCGGCGAACAGCGUCGAUAAGGACGGCGACGAAGAGCUAUUCGAGUGGUCGGUCAUUGUUUGCGGGGAGGGUUCCUGUUUCCGGCUUUCCUUGCUCCCUCCGUCGAACUUUCUGUAUCCGAGCUACAGCUGACUCCGAAAAUCCAGCCUCCAUCGGAUCUCCUUUGAUGGAAUCAAUGGAGAAGAAGAUCAAGGAACAUUUAAGUGCAGAGACGGUUGUUGUGAAGGAUGCCUAUGGUGAUGGCCGCCAUGUUAGCAUAGAGGUUGUCUCUUCAGCUUUUGAGGGGCAAUCUGCUGUGAAUAGGCAGAGGAUGGUUUACAAGGCAAUAUGGGAAGAACUUCAAGACACAGUGCAUGCUGUUGACCAGAUGACUACCCGGACUCCCUCUGAAGCUGCAUUGGGAAAGUGAUAAAGUAUACUUCACCUAUGUCAUGAAGAAUUCACUGUCUGCAUGCGUCUCGGCUAGACUGUAAUCACUUCUGAGCUUCUUGCCUCAGAUGGUUCGGGCAUAAGCCUAAUGCAAAAUCAGCUCAAAAUGACUAGUUGUGACUGAUAUUUUGCACUUAUUUUUGUGCAUAUUGCCCUAAAGAAGAAUCUGUACGUUAUGUUUCCCUUUAUUUCUACUCAUUGGUUGAUUUAGUACCAAGCCCUAUUUGAUUUAUGAAUCUUGGUUUGUUGAGUUCC